AUGAACAUUCAUAAUAAGAGCAUGGAGAUGGAAUAUUUUAUGUAAGUCUAAUUACAGGAAGAAUAACAUUAAUUUAUAUCAUUAUAUAAUGUUUUUGAUUUAUUUUAAGAUGGAAAGUUUGGUUAAAGGGAAUUGAAUUCAUUAUCAUAUAAAGAAUGGCAAAUUUAGAUGAAUGAUAAAUAGAAAGUUAAAAAGUUAGUAUGGUUAAUGAUAUAUAAAUAAUUUGGAUAUUGA